CUAGAGGGGAAGUCAAUGGCCAAUGCUAAGCCUCCUGCAGGCGAGGUCCCUCCUCUUCUGGCCAUGUGGGAAUCUUCCUGGAGGAGGAGGAGUGAGUGGGUGAGCCUUGCAAGGCUUGUGGAGGAGGAGAGAGUGUGCCUUCCCAAGAGGGAGAUGGCUCUUCUGCCCAGGCUGGAGCCUGGCUGCAAGGACACAGGGCAGGUGGGAAAGCAAGAAGCCUUAGACCCUGAGCCAAGCACGGACCCUCCUGCCUUUCCUGCUGGGAAUGGAGGGCAGUUCUGGGAAGGAGGCCUUUUGGGGAAGGGGCUGCGGGGAGACAGCCCACCUUCAGAGGCAGCGCCAAGCCAGAGCUUCAGGCAGUUCAACUACAAGGAGACUUUGGGGCCCCGAGAGGUGUGCAGCCGCCUCCACUCUCUCUGCCGCCUGUGGCUGAAGCCUGAGGAACAUACCAAGGCGGAGAUGGUGGACCUGGUGCUCCUGGAGCAGUUCCUGGCCGUCCUUCCUGCGGAGAUGGAGCGCUGGGUGAGGGAAUGUGGGGCAGAGACCAGUUCCCAGGCCGUGGCUUUGGCGGAAGGAUUCCUCCUGAGUCGGGAAGAAGAGGAGACAGAGAAGCAGCAACAGGCGGUGGACUUGUGUGCAGAAGUGGCCACAGCAUUGGAAAGGCAUCCCUCCACCUCCAGCCGGAUACUGGAUUGUGCCGAACAAAGGGAACCUCCCAGAUCCACAAGAGGGGAAUCAGAAAUUACACAUACUGGCUUGCCUCUUCCUUUUGAUGUACUCAGCACACAUUCUGUGACACCAGAUCAGGUGACCUUCCAAGAGGUGACCGUGUCUUUCAGUGAGGAGGAGUGGGCCAUGCUGAAUCCGGACCAAAGGGCCUUGCAUCAACAAGUCAUGAAGGAAAACGUGGAGAUGGUGUCCUUUUUAACAACUCACAGAGAAGGGGAAUCAUUUCAGUGCCAGAACUGUGGAAGGAAGCAGGAGCGGUGCCUCUCUUGUCAGCAAGCAAGACAUUUAGACACCUCCAUUUUCAAACAUACGGCUCCACUUCGUAACCUUGAUUUGGUGACACUUGCAAUCUCUCUCCUACUACAAAUGGAGAUAGAAAGACUGCAAAGGAGGAAUCGUUACCUAUUGCAAGUACUACUAUUCCUAAAAAGAAAGCUGGAAAGACGAGGCAAAAGUCUCGACCCUGUAGCCGCCCAGUCGCCUGUCCUUUCCUGGUAUGGAACGACUCCGGAGCCACGGAGGUGGUGGGUGAGACCACGCACUCAUCGCCGUUGGUGGAGGGAAGAGGUGUUGCCCCUUUGGGAUGAGGAGAUGUGGGUGUCCAACUUCAGGAUGUCCAAGGAAACACUUUUUGAACUUUCAAACUGCCUUCGACCGCACCUAGAGCGGCAGGUCACAACCCUGAGGCAACCCAUCAGCGUGGAGGAAAGGGUUGCGAUUGCGAUAUGGUGGCUUUCGUCACCUUUGCUCUACAGAAAGGUUGCUUCUCGUUUCGGGGUUGGAGAAUCGACUGUAGCAAUUAUCGGGAUAGAGGUCUGUCUGGCCAUAGAAAAAGAACUUCUGGGAAAGACGGUCCAGCUAGGGGACUACAGGCAGAUUAUGGCAGGAUUCGCCGACCUUGGGUUUCCCCACUGUAUUGGGGCGAUAGAUGAAACACACAUCCCCGUCCGCCCCCCGGUGAGACGUCCUGGCACGCUUCUCAACGGGAAAAACAGCUACAUUGUUCUUCAGGGAACAACGGACCACGCUGGGAGAUUCAUCGACAUUGAAGUUGGACAUUCGGGAAGAAACCAUGAUGCACAUGUUUUCCGUCACUCGACAAUCUAUCAAGCUAUGGAGGAGGGAGUAUUUGUGCCAGGAAAUCCACACAUGGAAUUUAAUGGAGUUCAAAUACCACCCUUAAUUUUGGGAGAUGGAGCUUAUCCUCUUAGGACGUGGCUUAUGAAACCUUACGGAGGAAAUCUUGACAAGAGGAAGCAAACAUUUAAUUUAUCUUUGUGCAGAGCUCGAAACGUUGUAGAAAGAGCCUUUGGACGACUAAAAUCGAGAUGGGGGUGUUUGUCUUCUCACUUGACCGUGGCAGAGAAAAAUUUUGUUCCAAUUGUCUCCGCAUGUGUGGUGCUGCACAAUAUAUGCGAAACAAAGGGGCAUGUUUUGACACCUCAGGUCCCAGCACGUAGGAAACACGUUCUUCCAGCACAGGAGGAAUCUGAGUUGGGAAAAGGGGUCGGCGAGGGUGAAAAAGUCCGUUCAGCAGUAGCAGGACUGCUUAUGGGAGAACGUUAACCUGCCGACCUGAACAAAUUUCAGUACUUUUCCCCGACAAUUACGUUAACUAUUAAUGUCUCUACUUUUCUACUACGUUGAGUCUACUGCUGCUUUGAAAUAGUGUUCCCUCACUACUUCGCAGUUCACUUUUUGUGGAUUUGCUGUUGCGCAGUUUUUCAAUAAACUCGAAAAGAGUAUUAUAAAUCAUAAAAAAUUACAAUUUACAGCCUAAGGAAGGGAGGAAGGAGAGGCUUAAAUAACUGGGCAUGUUUAGCCUGCAGAAGAGAAGGCUGAGAGGAGACAUGAUGAUAGCCACAUACAAAUAUGUGAGAAGAAGUCCUAGAGAGGAGGGAGCAGUUUUCUGCUGCCCUGAGACUAGGACACAGAACAAUGGCUUCAAACUACAGGAAAGAAGAUUCCACCUGAACAUAAGGAAGAAUUUUCUAACUGUGAGAGCUGUUCAGCAGUUGAACUUUCUCCCGACUGGGAUGGAGGCUCCUUCUUUGUAGGCUUUUAAACAAAGGAUGAAUGGCCAUCUGUCGGGGGUGCUUUGGAUAUGAUUUUCCUGCUUCUUGGCAGAAUGGGGUUGGACUGGAUGGCCCAUGAGGUCUCAUCCAACUCUAUGAUUCUAUGCUCUUUCUCUGCAUCUCAGCCAGCUGGCUAGGUGCUGGUGCCAGUUCCGUAAUGUACGUUGUGGCAGGGUAGGCCAGGUAUAUGAAUUAUACGUUAGGACUCCACUUUUCUAACAUAUAAUUCAUAUACCUGGGCAUGAAUCUUGGCUAGACUGAAACCUCUGUCUUCUAUCUUAUUUUCAGUAUCUCUUUUUUGAUAUUUCAUUUUAAAAAGCGAGUUAGUUCAGAAAGCUUUUUUUAUGUUAUAUGAAUUAGGACUCAAACUUUUCGGGCUCCCUGGUGUCGCAGCAGAUUAAAAUGCUGAGCUUCUGAACUUGCUGACUGAAAGGUCGGUGGUUCGAAUCCGGGUAGCAGAGUGAGCUCCUGCUGUUAGCCCCAGUUUCUGCCAACCUAGCAGUUUGAAAGCAUGCAAAUGUGAGUAGAUCAAUAGGUACCACUCCGGCGUGAAGGUAACAGCAAUCCAUGCAGUCAUGCCGGCCACAUGACCUUGGUGGUGUCUACAAACAAUGCUGGCUCUUCGGCUUAGAAAUGGAGAUGAGCAUCAACCCCCAGAGACUGACAAAGGAUUUCUGUCUGUAAAAUGCAUGUUUUGUGCUAUUGUAUAUGGCAUCUCAGCUUUCUUUGGCGGAUUACCGUGAGCUGGCAUCACUUCAGCUUACUUGAAUAAAAUACCUCACUGGCUUCUUCAA